AUGCGAAAACAGGAGCCAAAUGAGACUGUCGAAGCAUUUGUUACUGCUCUGCAUGCUCUAGCUGAGCACUGUAAAUACGGAGACUUGCAUGAUGAGCUCAUACGGGAUAGGAUCGUAGUGGGGCUUGCAGACACCAGACUUUCCGAACGACUGCAGAUGGAGGGGAAUCUGACUCUGCAAAAAGCCAUAGAUAUGGCAAGACAGUCGGAAGAAGUAAAAAAGCAACAGAGCACACUUAGAAGUGACGCUAGCAGCGUGAUGCAGAUGGAGGGCAGCUCCAUAGACAGACUGAUAAAGAAGGGACAGAAGUAUGUAUACUCAAAAAGCAGUGGUGCCCGUGCACGCCAACGCUCGCAAGGCAGAGACAAGGACAUGCAGCCCAGCGCCCGGUGUUUCAAAUGUGGAGGUCCCUCUCACACCAGAGCGGAAUGCCCCGCCAACGACGCAAAAUGUCGGGGCUGCGGAAAAAAAGGCCACUACCAGCGUGUCUGCAGAAACAAGGCUGUAGUAGCGUGCAUUGAGGAAGAAGAUAGGAAAAGUUUCUUCCUGGGUUCUGUGACAUGCAAAAACAAUAAGUGGGAGGUGGAUGUCGAAAUAAAAGGGAAACGGCUGAAGUUCAAAAUUGACACUGGCGCAGAUGUAACUGCGAUUUCUGAAAAUGACCUGAAAGACUUGUACACAGGGGCACAAAGGCCUGUUCUCCAUGAGCCAGAGAAACCCUUGCUGGGUCCAGGAAAGACACAGUUAGAGGUAGUGGGCUAUACAAAGCUGCAGCUGACAUAUAAAGCUAAGCAGACGGAGGAGAAGGUUUAUGUGGUCAAAAACCUGGGCACACCUUUGCUUGGGUUACCUGCCAUUAUUGCCCUGAACUUACUUAUUAGAGUCAACAGUGUCACUAUGGACUCUUUAAAGACAACCUACCCAAAACUUUGCAAGGGUCUAGGCGACAUUCAACGACCUUACCAUAUCAAGCUCAAGCCUAACGCUAUACCAUUUUCUCUAAAGACACCACGGAGAAUCCCUCUGCCACUGAUGGGAAAGGUGAAGGAGGAGCUCCAGCGAAUGGAAGAGAUGGGGGUCAUCAGGCGCGUUGAAGAGCCUACAGAUUGGUGCGCUGGCAUCGUCGUUGUCCCAAAGAAGAACAGCCAGCGACUACGCCUGUGUGUGGACUUCACAGGUUUGAACCAGUAUGUGUGCCGCGAGAAGUACGUCCUACCAUCAGUCGAACAGAGCCUAGGGAUGCUAGCUGGAGCCAGGGUCUUCAGUAAGCUAGACGCGAACAUGGGUUUCUGGCAGAUUCCCUUAGCAGAGGAGUCAGCGAAGCUCACAACAUUUAUAACACCUUUCGGACGGUACCAUUUCCAGCGUCUUCCGUUUGGGAUUAACUCUGCGCCUGAGCACUUCCAGCGUGUUAUGGCUGAGGUCAUAGAAGGACUGGAUGGGGUAGUCUGCCACAUCGAUGACCUGCUGGUAUGUGGAAAAGACCAAGAUCAGCACGACGUUCGUCUACAUGCCCUACUGAGAAAGCUCGAGCAAGUAGGGGUAACUUUAAAUACAGACAAGUGCGAGCUCUCCAGGAGUGAGGUGGUCUUCCUCGGGCAUGUCAUCACCGCGUCAGGUAUCAGGCCUGAUCCAGAGAAGAUAAAGGCGAUCAGGGACAUGAAAGAGCCUACGAACGUGAGCGAGUUGAGGAGCUUCCUGGGAAUGGUGAACCAGGUGGGGAAAUUCAUACCCCAACUGGCAGAUAAAGACAAAGCUCUCCGCAACCUCCUCUCAAAGAAAAACUGCUGGCUGUGGGGUGUGGACCAGGCGGCGGCUUUCAGGGUGCUGAAAGAGGCACUGACCUCUCCACCGGUCCUAGCCAUGUAUGACACGAGCAGGGACACCAAAGUAUCGGCAGACGCCUCAUCGUACGGACUGGGGGGUGUGCUCCUCCAGAAAUGGGACAGUGAGUGGAGGCCGGUGGCUUACGCAUCCCGCUCACUUUCACCCACAGAGCAACGCUACGCGCAGGUCGAAAAGGAGGCCCUGGGUCUAACCUGGGCAUGUGAGCGCUUCCGGGACUUCCUGUUAGGAAAGCACUUCUGUCUAGAGACUGACCAUAAACCACUCCUUUCCUUACUGGGCGCACAAGCGCUCGACCUGUUGCCACCAAGGAUACAGCGUUUUCGAAUGAGGCUCAUGCGCUACUCUUACGACAUCGUGCAUGUUCCAGGGAAAUCGCUCUGGACUGCCGACACGUUGUCACGGUCACCAAAUCAGGAACAGAUGACCGCAGAUGACACCGAACUAAUGGAGAGCACGAACAUUUAUGUGGACUGCAUUGUCAAUAAUUUGCCGGUCAGUCCCACGUUUAUGGACACACUAAAGACACAGCUGGAGGCUGACAGUGUGUGCUCUCGCGUCAUGAAAAUGUGUGCAGACGGAUGGCCAGAGCACGCAAAGCAGGAACCGCUCCUAAAACACUUCUGGCCUGAACAGGCCACACUCACUGUACAAGAUGGAUUGUUGCUGAAGGACACGCGUCUGGUCAUUCCAGCAGCAAUGCGGAACGACGUGCUGGACAGGCUGCACGAGGGUCAUCAAGGGGUUGUGAAGUGCAAAGCACGUGCCCGUCAGACCGUGUGGUGGCCCGGGCUCGGACAACAAAUCACGGAGAUGGUGCUCAGAUGUAGAACGUGUCUGCAAGAGCGCCGUAAUCACAGUGAGCCGCUCAUGCCGUCAGACUGCCCUGAGCGCCCGUGGCAAAAGCUGGGGGCCGACCUCUUUGAGCUAGGGGGGAAGAUCUAUCUCCUCGUCGUUGACUACUUCUCCAGAUAUGUCGAACUCGCCCUGUUGACACACACAAAAUCCAAGGAUGUGAUUAACCAUCUCAAGUCAAUGUUUGCCAGGCACGGCAUCCCAGAGAGUCUCAUGUCUGACAAUGGGCCUCAAUUUUCCGGCCAGGCGUUCACUUCCUUCGCCACAGCAUAUGGGUUCAGACACCUUACCAGUAGCCCCAAAUUCCCACGUAGCAAUGGCGAGGCUGAGCGAGCUGUACAGACCAUGAAAAAUCUUCUGAAGAAAGCAUCCGACCCGUACAUGGCUCUUCUUGCAUAUAGAGCCACUCCUCUUCAAAAUGGAUACAGCCCGGCACAGUUGCUCAUGGGUCGACGUCUCCGCACCACAGUGCCGACACAUCCAUCUGAGCUACAACCUGCGCUGCCUGACCGCAGCUUGCUGUUUCAGAAAGAAAGGGAGAAGAGGAUGUCAGAUGCUGCAAACUUCAACAGGCGUCAUCGUGCGAAGCCACUUAGUGGCCUGUCACCAGGUCAGGAGGUGUGGAUGACUGACUCAAAAACAUCUGGGACAGUAAUCCAGAGGCACACCUCGCCGAGAUCUUACCUUGUGGACACACCGCAUGGGGAGGUAAGACGAAACCGCAUGCAUCUUAUACCACUCCAGUCGCCAGCACAGGAUGAGGGUGGACAGCAGCAACAGGAGCCACUGCCGGUCCUAGAGCAGGAUCAUGCUCCACCUGUUUUGGGGUCUCCAGUGCCUUCUCCGGGAGAUUCUACUCCCAGAACCAGGUCUGGAAGGGUGAUUAAACAGCCCACUAGACUGAACUUAUGA